GCACCACGUCGUACGGUUCUCUCGCCUUUCUGUUAUGACGCAGAUUGUGAGCGUCGAUAGCAGAGCCUGGAAGAGGUGAAGAAAGCUAUUUGAUCUUUUGACUCAAUUCAAUCCGCUUCUGCUUCUUGUACCUUUAUUCUAGCCCCCCUAUCUGUUGACCAUCAGAAAACAUCAUCACCAUGUCUGAGACGACGAGAGCGACGAGCUCGCAGGGGCCAAGUCCCGUCGAAAAUGAGGAGACGACUCUCACCACCCAUCCCAGAGCCGGCAUGGCCCCGUGGAAAUGGAAGGGCGCCAUGGCCGUAUUUCUGCUCACAAGUGCCAUCAGCGGCUACGAUGUCAGCAACGUGGCCAACAUCCAGCCCCAGAUGUACGCGGCCUUUGGCAAUAUUGAGCUCCUCCCCUGGAUCGGCCUAUCGUACUCCCUCGCCAACAUGGCCGUGCUGUCCUACGCGCGCAAGAUCAUCUACUGCUUCAACCUCAAGACCACCUACCUCAUCCACCUGGCCAUCUUCGCGGCGGGUGCGGCGGUGGCAGGUGCGGCAUCCAACAUCACCACGGUCAUUGUCGGGCGUGUGAUCAUGGGCAUCGGUGGCUCGGUGAUUCAGCAAACUAACAUGACGUUCAUCGCGGUAUUUGCGACCGCGGAGGAGUCGACUGGCGCAUUCGGUCUGAUCUCUGCCAUGUGGGCUACUGGCCUAGUCAUCGGCGGGCCCAUUGGCAGUGCCUUUGCCGAGAACCAGUCGGCUACGUGGCGCUGGGCCUUCUACUUCAACCUCCCACUCGUCGGUGCCGCCUUUAUCGGGGCCCUGCUCUCCGUGCAGUCGCAUUCACUCGCGCCCAAGACAUCCAUCUUGCAGCGUCUGCUCAAGAUUGAUCCAUCGGGCGUCGCUCUCAACGCGGCCGCACCGGUCCUGCUCGCGAUUGCAAUCACCUUCUCCGGCCCGAUCUGGGACUGGGGCUCAGCGUCGUCCACUGCCCUCUGGGUGAUUUCUAUCCUGACCACAAUUGUCUGGGGCUUGCAGCAAUACUUUUGCAUCCUCACCACCCGCGAAGAGCGUGCAUUCCCCAUGCACAUGCUCAGACGGCUCGAUCUCAUCCCCCUGUGGUUGGCCGCUGGCUGUGCCGGCGCUGCCUACGCUGUGACACUCUACUACACACCGCUCUACUUCGCCUUUGCACGAGGCCAUGACGCCCUCGAGCAGACGGAGCGUAUCCUCCCCUUCGUCAUUGUAUUUAUCUUCGUCGUCCUGCUCACAGGUGGCGUUCUCCUACCACGCGUCGGCUUCUACAAGAUCAUCUUCAUCCUAGCGGGCAUCUUCACCACAGCAGGCGCAGCCGCCAUGGCCGCCACCAUUUCCGACUUGUCCACGUCGGAGGCGCAGGUCAUGGGUCUCGAGGCCCUCAUCGGCAUCGGUCUAGGCAUGCACUUUCAGCACUCGCAGGGCGUCUCCAACGUCAUCAACAAGAACACGCGCGACAGGGUCGAUAGCUCUGUGAUCUGCAAUCUCACCCAGAUGACGGGCAUCGCCAUGAUCCUCGCGGUAGCGGGGGCCAUCUACCAAAAUGUCGGCUUCGAUCUGCUUCAGGACGCCAUCAACCAGGACGGCGCCUUUACUGAGCAUGAGGUGCGUGAGGCGUUGGCUGGUGUGUCGUCCAGCGUCUGGCGCUCGGAUGACGCGGAGGCGCGCAUGCGUGGUGUCGAGGCUGUGGUGCAGGUGAUUGCGGAUGAGUUUUACAUUGUUAUUGGCAGUGGUGCGAUUUGCUUGCUGUGUGGUGUCUUGAUGAAAUGGGAGCGCUUGGACUACGGCAAGACGCCAAAGGCUGCGUCGAGUGAUGAAAAGGGGCCUGCGACAGUGUGAAGAAUGCGAUGAUCAUUAUACAGUUGGAUAGACAUCCCCUAUUGCUGCAUCCGCCCCAGCAGCGACGCGUAGAACCUCCCCAACGCCGGACAUAUCGUGGAACGGAUCCUAGGCCGCCACCAUGGGUGUGGUUAAAGGCCAUUUUGUCCAGCAACAUUACCUCCUUGCCUGGUGAGGCGCUGGGUCAGUGUUAGGGCGAGGAAGCGGGCGCACGAGUUGCCCAUGACGAAAUAGGGGACGUUUUUUUGCGCCGCGAGGGUUUCAGGAGGAAGAAGGUGUGCCAGGGGAGGAUUUAAGAGACUAUGGACCUCAUCUUGGUCUUCUCUGUUGUACUUGGCUGGUAGGAGGACUUGAAGCACAGCGAGGGAAAGUAUUGACGAAGAAUCCCUCCAAGAUGUCCAAAUACCGUGACCGUGGAUGGAUGGAUAGUCCAGACGUCAGUCGAGUCUGUUGAGUCUGCUCCACAAGUCUCAGACUCGGAUGCCCGAUUCGGAA